GCCAGACCGCGAGAGAAGCGGCUAGCGGGGUCCGGGAAAGAGGAGGAAGAGGAGGAAGGCGAAGGGGCGCCCUCGCCGCGCCAUGGCGGACGUGACCGCCCGGAGCCUGCAGUACGAGUACAAGGCGAACUCUAAUCUUGUCCUUCAAGCUGACCGUUCCCUGAUUGACAGGACCCGGCGUGAUGAGCCUACAGGGGAAGUCUUGUCACUGGUGGGGAAGCUAGAAGGAACCCGGAUGGGUGACAAGGCCCAGAGGACCAAACCCCAGAUGCAGGAGGAGAGACGAGCAAAGCGACGGAAACGUGACGAGGACAGACAUGACAUCAACAAGAUGAAAGGUUACACUCUGCUUUCUGAGGGCAUAGAUGAGAUGGUGGGAAUUAUCUACAAACCCAAAACCAAGGAGACUCGGGAAACCUAUGAAGUUUUGCUGAGCUUCAUUCAGGCGGCGCUUGGUGAUCAGCCCAGAGACAUUCUCUGUGGAGCUGCAGAUGAAGUCCUGGCUGUCCUGAAGAAUGAGAAGUUACGGGACAAGGAGCGGCGGAAAGAAAUUGACCUCCUGCUUGGACAGACUGAUGACACCCGUUACCAUGUGCUGGUGAACUUGGGCAAGAAGAUCACAGACUAUGGAGGCGACAAAGAGAUCCAGAACAUGGAUGACAACAUUGAUGAGACUUAUGGGGUGAAUGUGCAGUUUGAGUCUGAUGAAGAGGAAGGGGAUGAAGAUGUCUACGGAGAAGUGCGGGAUGAGGCUUCUGACGAUGACAUGGAAGGAGAUGAGGCGGUUGUUCGCUGCACACUUUCAGCCAAUCUCGUGGCAUCAGGGGAGCUGAUGAGCUCCAAGAAGAAGGAUCUGCACCCCCGAGACAUCGACGCCUUCUGGCUGCAGCGGCAGCUCAGCCGUUUCUACGACGACGCCAUCGUGUCCCAGAAAAAGGCUGAUGAAGUGCUGGAAAUCUUAAAGACUGCCAGCGAUGACAGGGAAUGUGAAAACCAGCUUGUCCUGCUCUUGGGCUUUAACACCUUUGAUUUCAUUAAAGUGUUGAGGCAACACAGAAUGAUGAUCCUGUAUUGUACCCUCUUGGCUAGUGCUCAGAGUGAAGCUGAGAAGGAGAGGAUUAUGGGAAAGAUGGAGUCUGAUCCUGACUUGUCAAAGUUCCUGUAUCAGCUACAUGAGACAGAGAAGGAGGAUCUGAUUCGAGAGGAACGCUCUCGCAGGGAACGCGUCCGCCAGUCCCGCAUGGACACCGACUUGGAAACCAUGGAUCUGGAUCAAGGAGGGGAGGCGUUGGCCCCUCGGCAGGUUCUCGACCUGGAGGACCUGGUGUUUGCCCAAGGCAGCCACUUCAUGGCCAACAAGCGUUGCCAGCUGCCAGACGGCUCUUUCCGCAGGCAGCGCAAGGGCUACGAGGAAGUCCACGUCCCUGCCCUGAAGCCAAAGCCCUUCGGCUCAGAGGAGCAACUGGUUCCUGUUGAGAAGCUCCCCAAAUAUGCCCAGGCUGGGUUUGAGGGAUUCAAAACACUGAACCGCAUCCAGAGCAAACUCUACCGUGCUGCUCUUGAGACGGAUACGAAUCUGCUUCUGUGUGCGCCCACGGGUGCUGGGAAAACCAACGUCGCUUUGAUGUGUAUGUUGCGUGAGAUAGGAAAGCACAUCAACCUCGAUGGAACAAUCAACGUGGAUGACUUCAAAAUUAUCUACAUUGCACCCAUGAGGUCUUUAGUGCAGGAAAUGGUGGGCAGCUUUGGGAAGCGUUUGGCCACUUACGGCAUCACUGUGGCUGAGUUGACUGGGGACCACCAGUUGUGUAAGGAAGAAAUCAAUGCUACUCAGAUCAUUGUCUGCACCCCAGAGAAGUGGGACAUCAUCACCCGGAAAGGAGGGGAGCGCACCUAUACCCAGUUGGUGCGACUCAUUAUCUUGGAUGAGAUCCACCUUCUGCAUGACGAUCGGGGCCCUGUCCUGGAGGCCUUGGUAGCCAGAGCCAUCCGCAACAUCGAGAUGACCCAGGAAGACGUGCGGCUUAUCGGGCUGAGCGCCACCCUCCCAAACUACGAGGACGUGGCCACGUUCCUGAGGGUUGAACCUGCCAAAGGCUUGUUCUACUUCGACAACAGCUUUCGUCCGGUGCCCCUGGAACAGACUUACGUGGGAAUCACUGAGAAGAAAGCCAUCAAGCGCUUCCAGAUCAUGAACGAGAUUGUGUAUGAGAAAAUCAUGGAGCAUGCUGGAAAGAACCAGGUGCUGGUGUUCGUCCAUUCCAGGAAGGAGACUGGGAAAACUGCCCGAGCCAUCAGAGACAUGUGUCUGGAGAAAGACACACUGGGCCUCUUCUUGCGUGAAGGAUCUGCCUCCACGGAGGUCUUGAGGACAGAAGCUGAGCAGUGCAAGAAUUUGGAGCUUAAAGACCUGCUGCCCUAUGGCUUUGCCAUCCACCACGCUGGCAUGACAAGGGUGGACCGGACGUUGGUGGAAGACUUGUUUGCAGACAAGCAUAUUCAGGUUCUGGUUUCCACAGCAACCUUGGCCUGGGGUGUAAACCUCCCCGCUCACACAGUCAUCAUCAAAGGGACGCAGGUGUACAGCCCGGAGAAAGGCCGCUGGACUGAGCUGGGAGCGCUCGACAUCUUGCAGAUGCUGGGCCGUGCUGGGAGGCCUCAGUACGACACCAAGGGCGAGGGGAUCCUCAUCACGUCCCAUGGAGAGCUGCAGUAUUACCUCUCGCUGCUCAACCAGCAGCUUCCCAUCGAGAGCCAGAUGGUGGCCAAGCUCCCAGACAUGCUGAACGCGGAGGUCGUGUUGGGCAACGUCCAGAAUGCAAAGGAUGCUGUCAACUGGCUUGGCUACACUUACCUCUACAUACGGAUGCUGCGUUCCCCGACCCUGUACGGGAUCUCCCAUGACGACCUGAAAGGAGAUCCGUUGCUGGACCAGCGCCGGCUGGAUUUGGUGCACACCGCAGCGCUGAUGCUCGACAAGAACAAUUUAGUCAAGUAUGACAAGAAGACGGGGAACUUCCAGGUGACCGAGCUGGGCCGCAUUGCCAGCCACUACUACAUCACGAAUGAGACCAUACAAACCUACAACCAGCUGCUCAAGCCCACCUUGAGCGAAAUCGAGCUCUUCCGAGUUUUCUCGCUGUCCUCUGAGUUCAAGAACAUCACUGUGAGAGAGGAGGAGAAACUGGAACUGCAGAAGCUGCUUGAGCGGGUCCCAAUCCCAGUGAAAGAGAGCAUUGAAGAGCCUAGCGCUAAGAUCAAUGUGCUCCUCCAGGCCUUUAUCUCUCAGCUAAAGCUGGAAGGCUUUGCUCUCAUGGCAGACAUGGUGUAUGUCACUCAGUCGGCCGGGAGGCUCAUGCGUGCCAUCUUUGAGAUUGUCCUAAACCGUGGCUGGGCGCAGCUCACCGACAAGACUUUGAACCUCUGCAAGAUGAUUGACAAGCGAAUGUGGCAGUCCAUGUGCCCCCUUCGUCAGUUCAAGAAGCUGCCCGAAGAGGUGGUGAAGAAAAUCGAGAAGAAGAACUUCCCCUUUGAGCGGCUCUAUGAUUUGAAUCACAACGAAAUAGGGGAGCUGAUCCGGAUGCCAAAGAUGGGCAAGACAAUUCACAAAUACGUCCACUUGUUCCCCAAACUGGAGCUGUCUGUCCAUUUGCAGCCUAUUACCAGGUCGACUCUGAAAGUCGAGCUGACCAUUACCCCCGAUUUCCAAUGGGAUGAAAAGGUCCACGGCUCCUCCGAGGCCUUCUGGAUUCUGGUGGAGGACGUGGACAGCGAAGUGAUCCUGCAUCACGAGUACUUCCUCUUGAAGGCCAAAUACGCCCAGGACGAGCACCUGAUCACCUUCUUUGUGCCGGUCUUUGAGCCUCUGCCCCCACAGUACUUCAUCCGGGUGGUUUCCGACCGCUGGCUGUCCUGUGAGACGCAGUUGCCCGUCUCCUUCCGACAUCUGAUCCUUCCGGAGAAGUACCCUCCGCCGACCGAGCUGCUGGAUCUCCAGCCGCUGCCUGUCUCUGCUUUGCGGAACAGCGCCUUUGAGAGCCUCUACCAGGACAAGUUUCCCUUCUUCAACCCAAUCCAAACCCAAGUGUUCAACACGGUUUACAACAGCGACGAAAAUGUCUUUGUGGGCGCUCCCACGGGCAGCGGGAAGACCAUCUGUGCCGAGUUUGCCAUCCUGAGGAUGCUGCUGCAGAACUCGGAGGGCCGCUGCGUCUACAUCACGCCCAUGGAGGCCCUUGCGGAACAGAUCUUCCUGGAUUGGUAUGAGAAGUUCCAGGAACGUCUGCUCAAGAAAGUGGUCCUGCUGACGGGGGAGACCAGCACCGACCUGAAGCUGUUGGGCAAAGGCAACAUCAUCAUCAGCACCCCUGAGAAGUGGGACAUCCUCUCCCGGCGCUGGAAGCAGCGCAAGAACGUGCAGAACGUCAACCUCUUCAUUGUGGACGAAGUGCACCUCAUUGGCGGCGAGAACGGGCCGGUAUUGGAGGUGAUUUGCUCCCGGAUGCGCUACAUUUCCUCCCAGAUCGAACGGCCCAUCCGCAUCGUGGCUUUGAGCUCCUCGCUGUCCAACGCCAAGGACGUGGCCCACUGGCUGGGCUGCAGCACCACGGCCACCUUCAACUUCCACCCCAAUGUGCGCCCCGUACCGCUGGAGCUGCACAUCCAAGGCUUCAACAUCAGUCACACGCAGACCCGCCUCUUGUCCAUGGCCAAGCCGGUCUAUCACGCCAUCAUGAAGCACUCGCCCAAGAAGCCCGUCAUUGUGUUCGUCCCGUCGCGCAAGCAGACGCGCCUGACGGCCAUCGACAUCCUCACCACCUGCGCCUCGGAUGUCCAGAGACAGAGGUUCCUGCACUGCACUGAGAAGGAUGUGGCUCCCUACGUGGACAAGCUGAACGACAACACCUUGAAAGAGACGCUGGUGAACGGGGUGGGCUACCUGCACGAGGGGCUCACCCCCAUGGAGCGGAGAGUGGUGGAGCAGCUGUUUGGCUCAGGUGCCAUCCAGGUGGUGGUGGCAUCGCGGAGCCUCUGCUGGGGCAUGAACGUGGCUGCUCACCUGGUGAUCAUCAUGGACACUCAGUACUACAACGGCAAGAUCCACGCGUAUGUGGACUACCCCAUCUACGACGUGCUGCAGAUGGUGGGCCAUGCCAACCGCCCGUUGCAGGACGACGAGGGGCGCUGUGUUAUUAUGUGCCAGGGCUCCAAGAAGGAUUUCUUCAAGAAGUUCCUGUACGAGCCCCUCCCGGUGGAGUCUCACCUGGACCACUGCAUGCACGAUCACUUCAACGCUGAGAUUGUCACCAAGACCAUUGAGAACAAGCAGGAUGCCGUGGACUACCUCACCUGGACCUUCUUGUACCGCAGGAUGACUCAGAAUCCCAACUACUACAACCUGCAAGGGGUUUCCCACAGGCAUCUCUCCGACCACCUGUCCGAGUUGGUGGAGCAGACGCUCAGUGACCUCGAGCAGUCCAAGUGCAUCAGCAUUGAGGACGAGAUGGACGUCGCCCCGCUGAACUUGGGGAUGAUUGCGGCUUAUUACUACAUCAACUACACCACCAUUGAGCUCUUCAGCAUGUCGCUUAACGCCAAGACGAAAGUGCGAGGACUCAUCGAAAUCAUUUCCAAUGCGGCCGAGUACGAGAACAUUCCCAUCCGGCACCACGAGGACAACCUCCUGCGGCAGCUCGCCCAAAAGGUGCCUCACAAGCUGAAUAACCCCAAGUUCAACGACCCCCACGUCAAAACCAACCUGCUGCUGCAGGCCCACCUGUCGCGGAUGCAGCUGAGCGCCGAGCUCCAGUCGGACACGGAGGAGAUCCUCAGCAAGGCAAUCCGGCUGAUCCAGGCCUGCGUGGACGUCCUCUCCAGCAACGGCUGGCUGAGCCCCGCUCUGGCUGCCAUGGAGCUAGCACAGAUGGUCACCCAGGCCAUGUGGUCGAAGGACUCCUACCUGAAGCAGCUGCCGCACUUCACCUCGGAGCACAUCAAGCGCUGCACGGACAAGGGAGUGGAGAGCGUCUUUGACAUCAUGGAAAUGGAGGACGAGGACCGCAGUGCCUUGCUGCAGCUGUCUGACGGCCAGAUCGCCGACGUCGCCCGCUUCUGCAACCGCUACCCCAACAUUGAGCUUUCCUACGAGGUGGUCGAAAAGGACGGCAUUCGCAGCGGAGGGCCGGUGGUGGUUCUAGUGCAGCUGGAGCGAGAGGAGGAAGUGACAGGGCCGGUGAUCGCACCCCUCUUUCCACAGAAACGCGAGGAGGGCUGGUGGGUAGUGAUUGGCGACUCCAAGUCCAACAGCCUCAUCUCCAUCAAGAGACUGACGCUGCAGCAGAAGGCCAAGGUGAAACUGGACUUUGUGGCACCGGCCACUGGGACUCACAACUACACCCUUUAUUUCAUGAGUGACGCUUACAUGGGCUGUGACCAGGAAUAUAAGUUCAGUGUGGAUGUGAAGGAGGCAGAGAGCGACAGCGAUUCCGAUUGAGCCAGGCACGUGGUGGACAUCCGUGCCGGACCAUGUAGAGCGAUUCUGAGCCUCCUUGGGGCAGGAUGCCCAGCAUGGCAGCCUCUGUGGACACUUCACGUCUGUGCUCUUGACUGUUGGACUCCUCCUGCUUCCUCCACCCCCCAAAAGCAGGCUUCUAAUGGCUUCUUCCAGCAAUGGUAGGAGCACCCAAUGCUUCUGUUUUGUGUUCAGUACCAAUUGCUGGAAGGUCUACAGGCAUUGGAGGAAUUACCCCUGUGCCCUUCCAGCAACUGGGGAAACUUUUAUUUUGUAUCUUUCAGAAACUCAUGCAGUAGCUUUGUGUACAGUGUUUGAAUUCCUAUUUGUUUUCCCAAAUAAAGAUCUUUAGGAACAAA